AUGGCUACCCCACCACCACAAUCAUCCGAUUCAGUAUCCAUAAAUUCAAGAGACCGUCUCAACUUUGACAAUUUGCAUACUAUUUUUUGUGAAUGUGGAGCUCAGAUUGCGGAACAAAAAGUUGAAGUGGAUCGUUUGAAAGAAGAAAUGGAUCGAGAUUUGGUCAUGUGCAGGAUGGAUUCGUUGGCAUUGCAUCGUCGAUUAGAGCAGGCAGAGAAAAAGUUGCACUCCGUGAUUGUUUUGGUGGUAGGACUGGUGAUUGUGAUAUUUGGUUUUCUAAUGGAGAAGGUUCUUGAUGUAUUGAAGAAGUGA